UCUAUGGAACAGUUGGAGGAGGAAAGACAAUCUUCUCUGCUGAUUCCAAACCAAACGAGACCAAAUUCAGAAGAGAGGGACAAGCAGAAUAUUGAAGAGGCUGAGCGGCCUAUGGAGGUGGCAAAGUGUUCAAAAGGGGUGAUGAACCAGUCAAUGGAGGAGAGAAAUUUGUCUUUGGAAGAGGUGGCAUGGCCCCUGGAGCUUAGUGCAAAGCAAGACACAGUAGAAGCGAAGCGGUCUACAGAAGACUCCAAACACUUUACAAAAUGCACAGCUGUGGUGAAAGGGUUUACAGAAGCGGCAAAGUGUACAGCAGUGGUCAAGAAGGAGCCUACAACAGAGCCUAAGCUGUCUCAAGAGGAGAGGUUUUAUACAGCGUUCGCAAAGUGGGCGAAAACAUCUUCUGAGGUGGUGAAGUCUACAGGGAAGACUCGACAGUCGAAGACUCGACAGUUUUAUGCAGAGUUUGCAAAGUGGGUGACACUUUAUACUGAGGCGGCGAAGGGGUCUAAGGAGGCAAAGCGGAACAUGGAAGAUGUGAUGUGGACCCCCGGAGAGGUGAGGGAGUCUUCAGAGCUGAGGGCAAAGCAAAAUAUAGCGGAGGCAAGGUCGUCUACAUGUGGUACAAAACCAUAUACAGGAGAGAAGGAAAAUAUGAGCACAGCAGAGGCAAAGAGGUCUACGAAGGUGGCAAAGGAGUCUACAGAAAAUGCAAGGGGGUCUAAAGAAGAGGCAAAGCUGCCUGCCGAGGUUUUAAGGCCGUCUAGAGUGGUGGUAAAGGUGUCUACGAGCUGUCUAAAGCGGUCUGUUGAAGAGCUGACUUCCGGAGAGGAGAUGAGACAGUGCCCAGAGCAGAGUGCAAAGCGAAGUAAAGUAGACGCAGAGGGAUCCCCAGACAAGAAGGCAAAUCGAUUCACCACGUUUGUGAACUUGUGUAUAGAACAGGCAAAACAGUCUACAGAGGUUUCAAAGCAGUCUGCAGAGGAGCUGAAUCUGUCUUCAGAGGUGGCAAAGUGGUCUAUGGAAGAGGUGACUCAGUCCCUGGAGGAAGUGAGACAGUCGCCAGAGCAGUCUCCCCGGACUGCGCCAAAGCAAAAUGGAGAGGACGCAAGGUGGUCUUCAGAGAGAUCCCAAUCGUAUACAGAAGGGAAGGGAAAGUGGACCAUCAUAGAGGAACGGUGGUCCAUGAAGGGUGCAAGGUCAUAUACAGACAAGAAAGCAAAGUGGCCUGCAGAGGAGGUGAGGGAGUCUCCGGAGCAGUCUUCCGGGAGUGCAAAGCAAAAUGGAGAGGACGCAAGGCGGUAUUCAAGGGGAUCACCGUUGUACAGUAAAGAGAAGGCAAAGUGGACCCCAGCGGAGGCCAAUCGCUCUGUGAAGGUGGUGAAACGAUCUACAGAGGAGUCAAAGCGACCCAUGGUGGAAGCAAAGCGAUCUACAGGGGAAGAGGAAGCAAAACUAUCUAUGGAGGAGUCAAAGCGACCCAUGGUGGAAGCAAAACGGUCUAAAGGGGAAGAGGCAAAGCGCUCUAAGGUGGAUGCAAAACAGUCUAAAGGGGAGGAGGCAAAGCGUUACAGAGAUGAGACGAGAUGGGUGGCACAGACUGGUCUGAAAGGUGCGCUGGCUACAUGGACACCAAGACCGAAAGAUCUGCAAAUGAAAAAGGGACCUUUCCCAUUUGAUUCCAAGAAGGUUUGGAUCAUUGGCGAUGCCCUGAUGUUGGCGCCCCACGAAAACAACAAGGCGGUCCGUCUUGUCGCGGGGGGCAUCAAGUGGAAGCCGUACUGGAAGCCCCUGGCCGAUGUGACCUUGGCCAAGGUUGUGGAGCAGCUGCUGGAGCGGGAGUGCUGCUGGCCCAUACCAGACAUGCUGAUCGUCCACCUGGGAUCGUCCUGUGACAUCCCCCAUGGGGACCUGGAGCAGACCCUGCAGAGGAUCCAAGAGCACCUGCUCAUGAUCCACAGAGUCUUCCCGCAGAGCCUCCUGGUGUGGUCCGACAUCCUGCCAAGGCCAUGCACACAGGAAACAGCACCAGGCCAUAAGCCCACUGACAGCACUGACCUGGCCGGUAGCCUACACGAGGUGAAUCAGAAGCUGUACACUAUGGUCAAGAAACUUGGAGGAACCACCAUCUCCCAUGAAAACAUUCACCCCAUUCACUGCGACUGUGAUGGCCGUACGCUCUCGGACGACGGUGCACGGUUAUUUCAUCGCAACAUAGUCAAGUUUGUGGAUGCCUGGAAGUGGGACAACAGCCCCAGGCGACGUGCAAAGCCCCUGCCCAAGCCAAAGAGACCGGCUGGUCACGGAGUUACAGGCACUGGUUGUCAGAGGGCCGCUCAAGUGGUGUGGAUUUGUGGGGACGGAUUCAUUGCCCGGGCCAGAGCAUCUGCCUUAUCGCUGGGCAUUCCCCUGGGACACGGCACUGACACAUUCCAGGUGGUUUGGAAAGAAGUCCCCCAGAUGAUGAAGAAAAGGUUCACGCCCUUCCUGCUGAAGUCAGAGGACAAGGUCAUUCGCCCUCCAGACAUGGUCAUCCUCUAUUUGUCCGACUGUGAAGUGAGGAGAAGAAUGGCAGAGCUAGUGAGCAACAUCAGGAGGGAAGUGACGUUACUGCACCGCAUCUUCCCAGAGUGCCUAGUCGUCUGGUCUGAGGUCCUGCCAAUGUUGCUUCCGGACUUCACUGUGGCCGCUGACAUCAACCCCAGGCUGCAUGCUCUGGUGAAAGAGCUGGGAGGAAAGGUCAUCACGCAUGACAACGUUGAAUCCUUUUACAAUGCCAAGGGCCAGACCAGGGCUCUGACACAGAGGGUGAUCGAAAGGGCCAACCUCAACAUCCUGAAGUUUGUUACUAACAACACACAGCUCAAGAGAUAAACGUCUUAUUCCAUUACUCUGCACAAGUGCGGCCCUAAGAAGGCCUCGCCUUUGUUUAAAUAUUUUCCCCUGGUUUUAAUUAUUAGAAUAUCUGUUCAAAAAUGUUAACUUUGUUUUUUGUUUUUUUUCAUUUUUGCUGAAAUCCACCAAUGUCUAACCUCACCAUCUUGAAGUUUGAGCUCAAGUGGAAGAUGGUGGUCAACACCUUUCUUUCCAAUAUGCGGACUCCUGUCCUCGGCCUGCGCUUGUGUCCUCGUGUUUCGCUGACGCCCCGCCUCCUUGGACAAAGCAAUUAGGUUCCCUGGCUGUCAGCCUCGCCACAACACAUUUUGGGGGACUAUCCUUCUUUCAUCAUACUGAUUGCAAAUUACAAAAUGACAUUAGAAUUUCGCUUUUGUGAGAUAUUGAAAUACACUUCUGUCGUAGGUGACGUCAUUACGAGGCCACGGGCAGGCCAGGGAGGACGGGAGUUAAGAUAUUAGAAAGAACCACUUAUCUUAGCAGCUCAGCAAGUCCUGGCCAUGAUGUCUCAAGCUCUCCACCACUGCACUUAGCCCAAAACCGCAGCUCAAACCCACCCCCCUAUCGCAGUACUCUCUAUGCUCAUAUUGAACAGUUUAAGACUAUCAAGAUCUUGGGUUUAACUUGAAUUCGAGGUUGGAGCUCAAGAGAUUCAUAUCUUACUCCAUUACUGUGCAGAAGCUCACCCCCAAAAUUCCUCAGGUUUUGUUUUAAAUGGUUUUCUUGUUUGAAUUAAGUCUGACGCAAUUGCACUUGCGCAAUUAUAAAUUAUUAUUAGAAAUUCUGCUCAAGCGUCUGUUUUUGUUUUACUUUUGCUCAAAAAGAUACCACUGUGCCCAUGAGACUCCCAGACCACUUUUUCAAAUCUACUUGGAAACUCACUCGUCCUGUCACGCUCUUGCUCAUGAACAUACUUAGAGCUAUCAAGAAGACUUCAAUUUAUUUGUAUGUGAUUGACAUAAGCCACUUAUUUUUUGUUCAUGUUUCGCUUCUUUUUUGACUUUUGAGAAUAAGAGAACUUGUGUUUGUAUUAAAGUAACUUGUUUGAAAUAUUU